GGCCGCGGAGCGGCGCUGAGGCAGGAGAGGGAUAAGAAGCGGGGCCCGGGGGUUGCUGGGUAACGUCCGGCGGCUGAGGCUGUGGUUGCGGAGUCCGGCUCCGGCUCCGGCGAAGGGAGGCCUGAGCCGUCCUACCCUGCCUCACCCUGUGACGGGGAUCUUGGGCGAACAUGGCGGUGCUGGCGCGGCUCCUGCCGGGACUUCUCCUUAUAGCACAGGUGACCUGUGAGUAUGGAAUGGUCCAUGUGAUCGCUGAGCCAGGGACUGGCAAAGAAAAAGACUACUGUAUACUGUACAAUUCCCAAUGGGCCCACUUGCCACCUGGCCUCGGCAAAGCAUCUUUGUUACAGCUUCAAGACCAAACAACAUCUGUCUUAUGUUCUCAAUCUGAUGUCCCCAGUGGGGGAUUUAACAACCGAAUCCCUAUGGUGUUGCGUGGAAACUGCACCUUCUAUGAGAAAGUGAAACUGGCCCAGAUGAAUGGGGCACGCGGGCUGCUAGUAGUUAGCAGAGAAAAACUGGUUCCUCCAGGAGGCAACAAGACUCAAUAUGAUGAGAUUGGUAUUCCUGUGGCCCUCCUCAGCUAUAGAGACAUGCUUGACAUUGGCAGGACUUUUGGUCAGUCAGUGAGAGUGGCAAUGUAUGCCCCCAAGGAGCCUGUCCUUGAUUACAACAUGGUCAUCAUCUUCAUCAUGGCUGUGGGGACAGUUGCAGUUGGAGGCUACUGGGCAGGAAGCCAGGAUGUGAAGAAGAGGUCCAUGAAGCACAAGCGCGAUGAUGGGGCAGAAAAACAUGAUGAUGAGACAGUGGAUGUGACUCCCAUAAUGAUUGGGGUGUUUGUGGUGAUGUGCUGUUCCAUGUUGGUCUUGCUCUAUUACUUCUAUGAUCACCUUGUAUACAUGAUUAUAACCAUAUUCUGCUUGGCAUCAUCUACUAGCCUCUAUAGCUGUCUUUCUCCUUGUAUAAAAAGACUCCCAUUUGGAAAAUGCAGGGUUCCAGACAACAAUUUACCAUAUUUUCACAAGCGCCCACGGGUUCGGAUGUUGCUCCUGGCAGUGUUUUGCACUGCAGUCAGUAUAAUUUGGGGAAUCUUCCGAAAUGAAGAUCAGUGGGCCUGGGUUCUUCAAGAUGCUCUGGGAAUUGCCUUCUGCCUUUACAUGUUAAAAACCAUUCGCCUGCCAACUUUCAAGGCUUGUACUUUGCUUCUGUUAGUGCUUUUCAUCUAUGAUGUAUUUUUCGUAUUCAUCACACCCUUUCUUACAAAGAGUGGGAACAGCAUAAUGGUGGAAGUGGCUGCUGGCCCUUCGGAUUCUACCACUCACGAAAAGCUCCCCAUGGUGCUGAAGGUCCCAAGAUUAAACUCUUCACCAUUAGCACUCUGUGACAGGCCAUUUUCUCUAUUAGGCUUUGGAGAUAUCUUAGUGCCAGGGUUAUUGGUAGCGUAUUGCCACAGAUUUGACAUCCAGGUGCAGUCCUCUAGGGUCUACUUUGUAGCCUGUACCAUAGCCUAUGGCAUUGGCCUUCUGAUCACCUUUGUGGCUUUGGCAUGGAUGCAGAGAGGCCAGCCAGCCCUCCUCUACCUAGUGCCCUGCACUGUGAUCACAAGCUUUGUGAUAGCUUUAUGGCGCAAGGAGCUGAGAAUGUUCUGGACAGGCAGCGGCUUUGCGGUUUUUUGGGGAAGAUUACUUGAAUUUCAAAACUGAAUUAAAAGGGCCUCCUCAAAGCCUUUCCCUCUGAUAGAAGUUUCUGAUUGGUGUGCUUCUCAUCCAGCUGUUGAUCUGACAUUAAAAGAAUGAUUUGUUUGAGUUAAGGUUGAGUAUAGGAGAAGGGAACAUGACAAUUUAUGAGCAGGUGAGGCAAGUGAAGCUUUCAGAAAGGGGAAAAAAGGAAUCCUGGACAAAAAGAAAGACUCUUUUUUGCUGUUUACAGCAAAGCCUCUUAAGCUGAAGGGGCCCAGAAGUAAGGAAUCUUCAGCUCUUUUUAGAGUGGCACUUUGGACAGCCAUUUUCUUUCUCAGUCUGAACUACUGUGAAGGAUUUGGGCAUUUAACAUUCCCUUUUGAUUCAGGAAGCUUUGUUGUAAUUUUUUUUUUUAACAAUUGGACCUGUCCAGGAGUAGGGGAGGUAACAUCUUCCAUCAGUAGAGGUCUGUAAGCAGCCCCCACAUCUUUACCUUACAGGGGUGUUAUAGGGGUAUUCUGUUCACCUGCAGGUUGGACUGGCUCCAUUCUGAUUCUGCGAUUGUGUGAUUUGUGGGUUGAUGAGCGCAUCUUAAGGAGCCACAAUUCUUGUGGAUUCAAGUAGCUGUAAUAAUAAAACGUUUUCAAUGGCUCAAAUUUAUUUUAAUCUGGAAUCAGCUGCAUAUGUUCUUUUCCAAAGCAUUUGAGAGAAGAGUUUGAGCUUCAGGGCUUAUUGUUAUUUUGCUCUGAAAAAGUUUGACUUGCCUUACCUUCUUUACUACCAUUUCUGUUUCUGUCAGGUGUCUGUCACCCAGCAGCCAUCAGUGUUUUUCCUGAGGUGCAGUCUCUUCUAGCGUAGCCUUUUUUCAGGUCUAUGAUGUCAGGGGUCUCACUGGAUAUGUAUACAUCGCCUUACCUAUGAUUUUUCUUUUGUAGAAAGACCUGCCUCAGCCUUCCUGGGUGAUGGCGUCAUCUGAAUGUCCUCAACCCCUAAAAGAUUCAAAUGCUUCCCCUUCUCAACAGGAGCCAAACAAAGAUUUGAUCAACCCCACCCUCCAAGCUGACCAACUCUCUGAUACACCCACAUCCUUGGAGAAAACAGCAAGUGCCAGUGGACCUCUGAGCUCUGCCCCUUGUGUUUCAGAACCAGCUGAUCAAGAUAAGGACCAGCCUCAUCAGGAGAUUGGAGAGGCCCAUCAGACUAGAUGAGGAGAAUGGAGACAAGAAUUGUGGCACCUGCUGCGUGGCCCUGAGUGCCCAUGAACUGGUUCUAACUUUCACUAAAGAGCCCUACAGCAUCAUUCCUCCUACAAUUGCUGAUACCUGUUAGGUCCCCCUCCCCCUCUUUCUGAAAUAUGGUGCUCUCAUUCCCUUCUGAUGCCCAUUUCAGGGAGAACUUGAAUAGGUUUCUCUUCUUCCGCUCCUGCCUUCCUUCUCAUGCCCGCCUUGUAUUAAGGGGUUUUAUUUAUGCAUUGCCCUGUGCUUGCGUGACUGCUGUGUUUCUCUAGCCAGACUGGUUAAUCUUGACAGGGAAGCAUCGGACAGUUUAGCUAACAUGAAAAGCUGGGAGAAGUCAUUGUUAGCACUUUCUCUUAGCUAGCAGUUAACAUUUGAUUUUUCUCUUUAUGAUAUCUUAGUUACAGAUGAAUGAUUUAGUGUAAUCAGAUGUUUAAGAAGCAAGAAAUGGUCCAUCAUUUCACCUCCUUUUGAAAGGAUAAGCAUUUCUAUUCUGGUGCAGGAAGUGCAUCAUGAUUCUCUAGGGUUUCCCUCCCUCUUUAAAAGAUGAUCUGGUCAAAGACUCUAUAAAGUAGAAGGCUUUUCUAGGUAAGCAUUCACUGAAUAGACUACCUCUUGUCCACAUCGUAGUAUGUUAAAUUCUUUGUUACUCAGGAGAUAAGAAAACACGAUCACCAUAUGCUAGUGUCCAGGUAAUUAGGAAAAGGACUAUGGUUAUAUAUAAAUGAUCAAGGAGAGGUUGGUGCAGGAAUUUGGAGGAGCUGGUUGAUAGAGAAAGUGAAAAAGACCCUAAAGUUUUUGUGGCUCUUGUGUUAAAAGAAGGUGGUGUUGUUACGUUUAAUUGAUUGUGUCUUAUGAGCCUUGGAUAGAUGAGUAAGUGGGAGAACAUGUUCAGAAACCUGGAUAUUUAGUCCUAACUCUUAAAUAUGCCUAGUCUGUUUUCCUGAAAAUAAUUGGCUACCUCCCCACCCCAUGCUUUUGAGAACCAGGGUCUUAUAGGUAAUGUUCCAUGUUUUUCUAAGUCAUUAAGAACUAAAGCAGUAUUGCCUCUGGAGAUUUGGCAUCUCUAUGGGACUGUGUUUCAGAACUUAAAGAUGAGGGGAAGCUAUAAUCUCACUUUAUAUAAAAUAAAAUAGGAUUUUGGGUUUCUAGUAAAUUUGUUAGGCUAGGGGUUAGCAUAGAGUCCCCUAACUCAUUGAACUUCAAUUCAGGUGACCUUUUUUCUAUCAUUGGACAGUUAGGUUGUAGACCUGUGGUUUUAUGUCUUCCUCCCCUUUGCCCUUGAAAGGGGAUUUGGGUGAGGAUGUUGCUCUUUGCUAUCAUUUCCUUCAUACAUGGCAACUGGCUACAGCUGUUGUUGAGCACAAACCAGUGUAGUGGGUCAGUUUCUUCAGCCUCUUUCGAAGAAGCAGCAUCUCAGCAUUUGUUUACUUUUUUAGGCAUAAGAUCCAUUUUGUUUUGAACGAGAAACCAGGGGCUUUAAAUUUUAUUUUUAAGACUCAAGUAUUCCUGUUUUUUAACACUAUACAUUCCAGUCCAUAAAAGUAACUUAAGUCCUGCACCUUGUAGUAAGAAAUGCAUUUAAAAUCUAGCUGAGGAAUUUUUGCAAUAUAUGGGAAUAUUCUGGAAUGGUAUUCUGUCUUCUACCUCACUGAUAGGAUUCUCACAACACCAUUAGAGAGACACCAUUCAGAGUUUGUGGUGUUUGGUACACACACAGAGAGGGGCAAGUAAAGUCUGGCUGCCAAAUGGCGUUUGUGGAGAGGCACUGGUGACUGGUUCCAUUACACCAUGGCCACUGUGGCUGAAGGUCAGGGUUGCCCAUCUCACUCCAUACCUAUCCUUUCCACCCUCUUUUACCCCCAAAACAACUGGAGUGUUGUCCCUUUUAUAUACUUAGAAGGCUCCUAAUGUGUAAGAGUGGGUGGUUCCUACCCCGUCACCCCAGCACACAGGAAACCCUGAUGAUGCCAUUGCCCCUGUCCCAAGUCACAGUAAGGUAGCUAAAAGACUUAAGCUUUAAAACAAAGCCUCAAAGGGCUCUUCAGGGAGAUUGGAGUCCUUCAGGUACUCCUUUAUUUCAAAAGGGUUCCACUUAUUAACUCACCACCUUCCCUGAAGCAUCAAGGUGUUCCUUCAGCUGUGCUUGGGCUCGGAAAGUUGGAGCUAAAAUGUCUUUGUACAUCAGGGUUUGGAGUUCUCUCCAGCCCAAAUGCCUGAUAGGAUGAAGUGUCACUUGGGGCUAUCUUGGCAACCUUAUACUUGACUACUCUUCUAAUCUUGUCUUCAGCCCUCUAGGCAGCCUUUUCAAAUUUGAGCUUUGAAAAACUUUCCAGUUAGUGGGUAAUGAAUGACAGCCACUCAUACUUAUUUUUUGUUCAACCAGUCUUAAGACUAGGACUUUUCAGCAUUGUAACACUGUUUAGGGCUCUGCCUUUCAGGUAUACCUUCUCAUUGUCUCAUUCUUGGCCAAGCUUCCCAGAAUAUCAGAGGCUUUGGGUAAAAUCAUAAACUUCCGAAAAAAAUACCAGCAUUGAGGAUUUAUGAACAGCCUUAGUCAGCCAUGAAUUCUCUGGGGAGGAGGGAUGGAUUUUCUAGUUAAAGGAAGAAAAAAAUGUCUCCGGAGUCCUUCAACCUGUUUGUGUAUUUCUCUUGGGUUAAAAUGAACUGAUAACAACCUGGGAACAAUACCAAAUGGACCUUUCCCUCCUUGUGUUCCUGUCCUUUUGUAAGCAUGUUGCCAUGGGAUAUCAUGAUGCAAGUGAACUCCUGUGCCAGGGAGAGACCUGAGUUGGAACCUGCUUCAGCCAAUUGGACUAUGCCUUAAUUUAAGCCAUUUUAUACUUGUGUAUGGUAAAUGUGGGUUUGGUUGUUUUUUGUUUUGUUUUUUUAAUUAGAAAAAUGUUAAGGAAUUUAAAGGCAGAUGUUCCUAAAGUUUGAGUUUCAUAUUUUUUGCCUUGCUUCUGUUUAACCUUAUCAUUAAACAUAGUUUUUGAUAUUUAA